GUAUAUUUACCAACAACGGCACUCGUUCAAGCAGCCAGUCAGCCGGUAUACGCGGUAGAACGCGCGCGCACGCGGCCAUUUUGGAAUUCUAAACUUUUUUAAAUCUCCCGUUGCCAAAAAAAAAAAAAAAAUCAUAAAAUUCACCAUUUUUAAUUUAGAACCCAACCCCAAAAGUGAGCUGAUAUAUCUCACACCAAAUCAAACACAAUAAAAAAGAAAUGUUAUGACAUUUGCUUAAAAAUACAAAAUGGCGGACUUCAUCAAUAGAAUUAAGAAUAAGAAAAGAAGUGACAGAAACAGUAUAUACUCUAUGGUAUCCUCCAGUGACCUGACUCCUGGUAGCUUGGAGAUCUGGUUGGAUCUGCCAGAUGAGAUAAAAUUUGACCCAUCACUGGAGCCGUUCAAGAAAAAGUAUGAGCAACAACAUGGUAAGCUUGGAACACCCGAGGUACUGAUCACGGACGAAGCUGAGAAGUCCUUAUUCGACAAGAAAAUCCCAACUGUCGAAGAAAAUGUUGAACAAAAUAACGAGAACAUGCUUAGAGACUGCGGGAAUAGGUUAAUGGAGCAUAGCCCAGUAGAAGAGGAGAAAGAGAUUAAAUCAGAAACAGCAAGAAAGUUCCAAUUCAUUUUGCGUGUGGUAAAACUGUCAACAUUGGUCGCCUGUUGGAUGUUACUCACAGUAUCCUUGAUAAUGAACAGAGAAAAAUCCAACGUGGUCUUACACACAGCCGUCAAAGGUGGAGAGAUUAAAGAAUAUGAAUUACGAACUACUCUUGACAGACUGCUUGUAUCCGUUACAAUAACAGGACCUUUCCGUCAAAAUCUUUCCAAUGAUACUUCGAAUAUACUACAGUUGUGGCUACAUAGAGAAUCUGAUAUACUGGACAUCGAACAAAAUUCUCGUCUAUGGUUAGUGAAUUUACAGCCUGAGGAUCUUUUAGAUUUCUCACCGAGUACAUCGGAGACAAAGACUCUAGUGUUGGAGAAGAGUCGAUAUUCUAGAAACACAACCAGUGAUGGUAAUGAUACAUGGAUUAUCGACUCUUUGUGGGACCAAGUCGACAAUAACGAUACUAAAGUGACUCUUCGAAUGUUCACAUCCAGUAACAGUACUGUCCCUCUAACUGUCAGCUAUCAAAUGAAUACAUUGGAAGAAAGAGAUGGCCUUAUAUAUUCAACCGUACUGCUGUGCACUUUGUAUUUCUUGAUUAUAUUUGAGUCAAAGAGCAGGGGCGUACCCACUAAAACCCAGCGAUAUCCCUCGCAUCGAAUGAUGCACGGGAUCGGCCCGGAAUACACCGCGCUGUUCGCCCCCAUUUCGGCCCACCCUGAAAAGGGCAGGUCCUUCUGCGAGUUGGGGGUACAUCUCAGAGACAUUCGAGAUGCACCACCCCCCGGACGAGGCGGAGGCAAGCAAUGCUCGACCCGAAGAUUGACUGACUCAUCUUGUACUCUUAAUCUCCGUACUCACAUUAUGAUAUUACUCGAUCUACAUAUUACAGUAGUGAAUCGAACCAUAGCCGCUUUGCUCUCCUCAUCGCUCGCGAUAGCAGUGUUGGCACUCAGUGGUGCGCGCCCUUCGUUGCCUGAGCUGAUCUCCUGGCUGGACGUGGAAACCUUGCUGCUGCUCUUCAGCAUGAUGAUCUUAGUGGCGAUACUGGCGGAGACUGGAGUCUUUGAUUACUUGGCUGUGGUGGCUUUUGAAGUGACGGGUGGACGUACGUGGCCUCUCAUGAACUGCCUUUGUUUCUUCACUGCAUUCUUUUCAACGUUUCUGGAUAAUGUUACCACAGUUCUUCUCAUGACACCAGUCACUAUAAGAUUAUGUGAGGUGAUGCAUUUGAAUCCAGUGCCAGUUUUAAUGUCGAUGGUGAUAUUCAGUAACGUGGGGGGUGCCGCUACUCCUGUCGGGGACCCCCCAAAUGUGAUUAUAGCCAGCCAUCCGUCUAUGUUAGCACAGAACAUCAACUUUACUUCGUUUACUUUUCACAUGGGACUAGGUAUUUUACUAGUAUGUGUACAAACAUACUUGCAACUGAGGUUUAUGUUCAGAGAUAUUAGUAAAUUACGGCAUAGCGUUCCAAGGGAUAUAUUAGAAGCAGUUGGUUACGAUUGCGUCUACAGUCAUAAACAUCCACCAUUCUACACCGGGGCCGCUUGGUGCGUCAUUGAUAUUCUCCUACGGGGGGAACAAACCAUGGGGAAGGCUUAUGCCUCAGCAGUGGGAAUAUUAGUGGUGGUUGAAAGACUGAAUUCAGUAUUAGUGAGAAGAGAAGCUGGAGGCGGCACCUCCAGAACUGAUCCAAAGUUCUGCUCUACAUUAGCGCAGAUGAAGGAAAAGUACCAAAUCCGCGAUAAACAGCUGUUGGUGAAGUCCGCCGUGUGCGUCAUGUUUGUAGUCGUCGUGUUCUUCCUUCACGCCAUCCCAGAGUUGCAACGUUUAUCGCUAGGAUGGACAGCAUUACUAGGAGCUUUGCUACUGCUGCUCUUGGCUGAGAGAGAAGACUUAGAGCCGAUCCUUGCCAGAGUAGAGUGGUCUACUCUUUUAUUCUUUGCAGCUCUCUUUGUUUUAAUGGAGGCUCUAUCGAAACUGGGUUUGAUCGCGUGGAUCGGCAAUAUGACAGAAGCUGUCAUUUUACAAGUGAAUCAGGAAUCAAGAUUGGCUGUGGCUAUAAUGCUAGUUUUAUGGGUGUCAGGUCUAGCGUCGGCGUUUGUGGAUAACAUACCGCUGACGACGAUGAUGGUGCGCGUGAUCGCCGCCCUCGCCGAUCCCGCUGGACUCAAUUUACCGCUGGCGCCGCUCGCGUGGGCAUUGAGCUUCGGAGCGUGUCUGGGAGGUAAAUGUUAUUUUAGUCUAACUAACCUUAUAGAACCAGCAGAUUUUCAUUUCCUGGGUAAGCAUAUACCAUCUUAG